CACUGCUAGGCACACACAAAAACAACAAAAUUACAAUGGCACUUAUUCUAUCAGUUCUAGAGAAAUUGCAACAUCAACCAAAUUCAACCCUCUCUACCAUAUGUUUCAUCAUAAUCAUAAGUAUAUUGUGUAUUCUUAAGUUCACAAGAAGAAACAACAAGAUCAAUAACCUUCCACCAUCUCCACCAAAGCUACCAUUAAUUGGAAACCUUCAUCAACUAGGAACACUUCCACACCAAUCUUUAAAGGCACUUUCUAAAAAAUAUGGCCCUCUUUUGUUGCUUCAAUUAGGGCAAACUCAAGCCCUAGUUGUCUCUUCAGCAGAACUUGUUGAAGAAAUAGCAAAAUCACAUGAUGUUGCUUUCUCCAAUAGAGCAAACAAUAAAGCUGCAAGGGUUUUCUUCUAUCAAUGCAAGGAGGUUGGUUUUGCACCCUAUGGAGAGGAAUGGAGAAAAAAGAGGAAGCUAAGCUCUGUGUUCUUGAGCUUCUAAGCACAAAUAGGGUAAAGUCCUUUCAACCCAUUAGAGAAAAUGAAAUAUCAAUGAUGAUUAACUCCAUACAUGAAGCUUGUACAAAAGGGUUGUCAGUGAAUCUAUCUAAGAUGAUUGUUGCAACAUCAACAAACAUAUCUAGUAGGUGCAUUUUCGGGCUAAGGUUCGAAACAAGUGAUGAUGGUAGAAAAAGCAUUGCUAAGGUUGUGAGGAAGAUGAUGUCACAAUUCUUAAAACUUGGGGUUGGAGAUUUGUUCCCUUCAUUGGAUUGGGUUGAUGUUCUUACAGGUUUCAUGUCAAGAUUAAAAGUUACUUUUGCUGAAUUAGAUGCAUUUUUAGAAGAGGUUAUUGAAGAGCAUAAGAGAAAGAAGAAAAAUUGUGAUGAUAAUAAUAAAGAUUUUGUUGAUGUACUUCUUCAACUUCAAGAGAGGGACAUGCUUGAAUUUGAGCUCAAUGGAGAUACCAUGAAAUCACUCCUCUUGGAUUUGUUUGUUGGGGGAAGUGACACUGUUUCAACAACUAUUGAAUGGGCCUUUGCAGAGCUUGCUAAUCAUCCAAAGAUCAUGAAAAAAGUACAAGAAGAGGUAAGAAGAAUUGUGGGUGGAAAAUCCAAGAUAGAAGAAAAUGACCUAAAUCAAAUGAAGUACAUGAAGUGUGUAAUCAAAGAAACUCUUAGAUUACAUCCACCAGGUCCACUUUUGAUUCCAAGAGAAACAGCAAAUAGUGUGGAAAUAAAAGGGUACCACAUUCCCAAAAAAGUAACCGUAUAUAUAAAUUCAUAUGCAAUUCAUAGAGACCCUAAAUUAUGGGACAAUGCUGAAGAGUUUAUUCCUGAAAGAUUUGAAGGUAACCAACAAGUUGAUUAUAAGGUAAAAGAUUUUCAAUUGAUCCCAUUUGGUUUUGGGAGGAGGGGUUGUCCUGGAAUUUCAUUUGGGAUUGCUUCAGUUGAGUAUAUGAUGGCUAAUCUUCUCUAUUGGUUUGAUUGGAAGGAUUUGUUAGUUGCAGGAGGUGACACUGUUUCAUCAAUUAUUGAAUGGGCCUUUGCAGAACUUGCUAAUAAUCCAAAGGUCAUGAAGAAAGUACAAGAAGAGGUAAGAAGAAUUGUGGGUGGAAAAUCCAAGAUAGAGGAAAAUGAUAUAAAUCAAAUGAAGUACAUGAAGUGUGUAAUCAAAGAAACUCUUAGAUUACAUCCACCAGGUCCAUUUUUAAUUCCAAGAGAGACAGCAAAUAGUGUGGAAAUAAAAGGGUACCACAUUCCCAAAAAAGUAGCCAUAUAUAUAAAUUCAUAUGCAAUUCAUAGAGAUCCUAAAUUAUGGGACAAUGCUGAAGAGUUUAUUCCUGAAAGAUUUGAAGGUAACCAACAAGUUGAUUAUAAGGUAAAAGAUUUUCAGUUGAUCCCAUUUGGAAUUGGGAGGAGGGGUUGUCCUGGAAUUUCAUUUGGGGUUGCUUCAGUUGAGUAUAUGAUGGCUAAUCUUCUCUAUUGGUUUGAUUGGAAGGUUCCUAAUAAUAAUAAAAGUGCAUUGAUAGAUAUGAGUGAGUUUAAUGGGUUGAGCGUUACCAAGAAACAACCACUUUAUUUGGAGCCAAUGCCUUACUUAAUUUGUUAA